AUGCGAAAGUAUCGUUUAGAGAUAGCUGUGAAGAGACUCUAUGGUCUUUUAAAUAUGAGCUCUUCUGCGCGAAUUGUCUUCUCCGUUCGUUUCUCAACGUUCCCAGAGAUUUUUAUCCGUCCACAACAAGGCGGUGGAGGUGGUGUGAUAGAGGCAUCCCCAGCGGGUGAUCGUAUAUUGUCUCUGACGUACUGUGUCUGUCAUAAGGCGGAGUUUCAACUUGAUGAUAAUGAAAUUCGUAGGUUGUUUCCUGCAGAGUGUUUCUGUCGUUUAUAUGAUGAGAACCAGAUACGUACAUCAGGUGCUAGCAUAGAAUCAGUUACUGCAGCAGCAUCUUUAACAUGGGUGUGUCCAUGUCCUUUGAUGACAGAGAGAGCAGCGGAUUCUCGUCAGCAUGCAAAUUAUGCAAUGUGUGAUGCUAACGGGCAGAUAAUGGGAUAUGCAGAGAUGUCAUGUCGAGUAGUUACGGUUAACAAUAUUUCUUCACCUUCUGUCUCUUCUUCUCCCGCAUGUAUGUCAAUUCCUACAACUACGGGACCAUCAACAUUGCCUACAUCAAAUGGUCAUUUGAUUAUGAAUGGGAAACCGUAUGUUAUUCGUGUGAUAGUUGACAAUAAAGAGAAUAAAAAAAAGAAGAAAAUUAAAUCUACAAAGAGUGAUCAUCAUUCCUCAUCAGGAGUGAUAACAUCAGGAGAGGAAACAGGAACUGUUGUAGCAGUGAAUGAUCCUUCAUUAGAAAAAAAGGGAACAGAUAGUCAAAAUUAUCAUGGAGAGAGUAAAAAUAACGUUAUUAGAAGCAGAUCCGGUAGUAAAAAUAGAGGAGGAGGAGGAAGAAGAAUAGUAGAAACUGUGGGUACAGCAAAGAAGAAAACGUUACUCUAUAUUUUACAAUAUGAUGUAGCAUACCAGAUACAAUCUAAUUGUGGAACCCUUUACGCUACGUUAAAACGUGAAUUUACUCCACUAAACGCAGUUACCGUAAACGAAAAGUCGAAGCCAAUGAUAGAUAAAGUUGAUAAUCUUGUACAAGGAAUAUCAAAACUUGCUAACAUUGCACUUCAACUUGCCAAUCAACUUGCAGAAUCUGCAGGAGAGAGUUAUACCAAUGUUUCUUCAGAUGAAAAAACUCGUCGUAACCCUGUAAAUAAGUUACCUAUUCCUCGUGAAGGAAGUGUGGCUCAUUUUCUUAUGUACCAGGUACUAUUUCAGUUGCAGUGUUUGGGAACUAGCUUAUGUUAUGUUACGGCAGUUUAUCAUCAACCACUGGAAGUACAAAUCUCUUCUUUGCACCAUCAACAUGUUAAGUUUAUCAAAAAACUUGCUGUGGAAGUUCAAGAAUUAACCAAAUAUAUAAAUAUCAUCGUUCAAUCAACAAUAGAUGGUACUUUUGGAAGUAAUAAGGUACUUUCAUCAAGAUCGACAUCAACAUAUUCCUCUAGUUUUAGCAGUAGUAGCAGUAGCAAUUCUUCAUCUUCUCGCUCCUCUUCAAGUGCACGUUCUGAAGGAAGAGAAGGAUCCUCAGUGGAAAGUGUACCCAAUGUCCCAUUAGAUGAUAAAAAAGCACCUUCUGUUUCAUUUCCGGUGGCUGUUGCAUCGGUACCGCAACCUCUAGUCCAAGAACAAAGUAACACACAAAUAACGAAACCCCCUGUUUAUCAAGGGUACACAAGCACACCUUACUCGUCAUCAUCACUUCCUACACCCGGUGGAUAUUCCGUGUCGACUGUUGCACCUCCAGGUGACACGUUGUCACAGGCUGUGGGAGCGAACACAUCAAAUUUUCUCCCAUCACAACUCAUGACAACACCUUCAACCACUGACUUAAUUGGAAGGGAUUUGUCGAUCCAUGGAACAACGAGUGCUGCGCCUCCGACAUCCUUUGUUUCUACUGCUGCUACCGCCCAACAGGGGACAACCUUUCAGAAUGCUUUGCAUUUUUAUAGUAGUACUGGAGGUGUGCCAGCCGCUCAGCCUGUACAGCCUUCAUCUGGUGUAAAUGUGUCUGCGGGUAUUAAGCAGCCGCCGGUUAUCAGUGGAGGUGUGCCAGCGCCUCAGCCUGUACAGCCUUCAUCUGGUGUAAAUGUGUCUGCGGGUAUUAAG